CGCGGGGGAGCGGCGGCGGCGGCGGCGCAGGAGGCCGGGCAGGGGCGCGGAGGGACCGACGGACGCACGGGCGGGCGGCCAGGAGCCAUGGAGCGCGGCCCUGGGGCCGGGGGGCGCGGGCCGGGGCGGGUUUCCCACUGCACGACAUGGAGACCUGUGGCUGCGAGGCUCCCAGGGGCUCAGCUCGGACCGCAAUGGGGCUGGGCUGUGGCCUCCUAACGGGGCUCUUGUCUGGGGCGGUGGCCGGGGGGACACCCUCCCCCCUGCCCGUGACUCGCAGCACCCCCACCCCUCCCCUGCUGGGUGAGGCCAGGCGGUGCCCGCCAUGAAUGGCCUGUCGGUGAGCGAGCUCUGCUGCCUCUUCUGCUGCCCGCCCUGCCCCGGCCGCAUCGCUGCCAAGCUCGCCUUCCUGCCACCGGAGCCCACCUACUCGCUGCUGCCUGAGCCCGAGCCAGGGUCCAGCGGGGCCGGUGCUGCCCCCCCGGGGACCCUGCGCACCUCCUCGGGCAACCCUGGGCGCUGGAAGCUCCACCUGACGGAGCGUGCCGACUUCCAGUACAACCAGCGCGAGCUGGACACCAUUGAGGUCUUCCUGACCAAGAGUGCCCGCGGCAACCGCAUCUCCUGCAUGUACGUGCGCUGCGUGCCUGGUGCCAGGUACACGGUGCUCUUCUCGCACGGCAACGCGGUGGACCUGGGCCAGAUGUGCAGCUUCUACAUCGGCCUGGGCUCCCGCAUCCACUGCAAUGUCUUCUCCUACGACUACUCUGGCUACGGUGUGAGCUCGGGCAAACCCUCGGAGAAGAACCUCUACGCCGACAUCGACGCCGCCUGGCAGGCCCUGCGCACCAGGUACGGCAUCAGCCCGGACAGCAUCAUCCUGUAUGGGCAGAGCAUCGGCACGGUGCCCACCGUAGACCUGGCCUCACGCUAUGAGUGCGCGGCAGUGGUGCUGCACUCGCCGCUGACCUCGGGCAUGCGCGUCGCCUUUCCCGACACCAGGAAGACCUACUGCUUCGACGCGUUCCCCAACAUCGAGAAGGUGUCCAAAAUCACGUCGCCUGUGCUCAUCAUCCAUGGCACGGAGGACGAGGUGAUUGACUUCUCUCACGGGCUGGCGCUCUACGAGCGCUGCCCCAAGGCUGUGGAGCCGCUGUGGGUGGAGGGUGCCGGGCACAACGACAUCGAGCUCUACAGCCAGUACCUGGAGCGCCUGCGCCGCUUCAUCUCCCAGGAGCUGCCUAGCCAGCGCGCCUAGUGGCGGCCGGUGCGCCCCGGCCGCGGGACCUCAGCAAUAAGGCGGCCGCCCGCCCGGACGCCCCGGGGACUGCAUGUGGACCUCCCGGGCCGCCCAGGACUCUCCCGGCGGCGGGCGACCCUGCCGCAGCCCAAGGGCUGUGGACGAUGUACAGGCAAUGGAGUUAUGCUCUCCUUUUGGAAGCAAAAAGAAGACAAACCUGAAAACAGAAAUUAAAGAUUUAAAAUUUUA